AUGGGAAUUUUCAUUCAUGAUCUUCCAAAUCACUACCCAGAAACACAACAAGUUUACUCAGUAAUCAUAGACGAUGAUCGAAUCAGAACAAUCGUCACUAAGCAUUCUUCAACAGUUGAUCACUGGAAUAGCAUGAUUUACAGUGAAUACAAUGGAGUACUAGAUAAUCUUAUCGUUGAUGAAAUCCCUUCUUCUCUUGUUGAGUUUCUCGGAGACCCUGAUUUUACAUUUGUUGGGGAUGGGAUCGGUGAAGAUGUUAAGAAACUUGAUGAUGAUUAUGACUUAGAAGUUGAGGUUGUUUUUGAUCUUAGGUGUUUGGAUGCUGAUAGGUAUAAUUCGAAGGAACUCAAGAAUGCUGGGUUGAUGGGAUUGGCUGGAAUUGUAUUAAAUUAUGGUGAUACUCAAAAAAAACCAAGGCAUGUUACUAUGAGUAACCGGGAGGAUUAUUUGCUUUCUCUCGAUCAGAUUAAGUAUGCUUGCGUUGAUGCUUAUGUUUCUUUCCAGAUCGGUAAAGAACUCAUCUAA